CAGGAAGGCAGGUUACUGGACACAGGAUCUCCCAGAGCAGGCUGGGAAUCAUUAUUGGCCAGUUUAGCUGGACAUCAGGGGUUGGCACAUCAGGCUAGGCAGCGGACGGAGGCACAUCAGGCUGGGCAGCGGACGGAGGCACAUCAGGCUGGGCAGCGAACGGAGGAAAAUCAGGCUGGGCAGCGGAUGGAGGCACAUCAGGCUGGGCAGCGGACAGAGGCACAUCAGGCUGGGCAGCGGACAGAGGCACAUCAGGCUGGGCAGCAGGCACGGGCCACAUCAGGCUGGGCAGCAGGCACCGUCCGUCAGUGGGCACCAGGCCAUCUAGCAGAACAGCGAGCACCGAGUCAUCUGGCAUGACAGCGGGCACUGAGUCAUCUGGCACGACAGCGGGCACCGAGUCACCAAGCUCGACAGCGGGCACCGAGUCACCAAGCUCGACAGCGGGCACCGAGCCAUCUAGCAGAACCGCGGGCACCGGGUCACCAAGCUCGACUGCGGGCACCGAGUCAUCUGGAACGACAGCGGGGACCGAGUCAUCUGGCACGACAGCGGGCACCCAGUCAUCUGGUACGACAGCGGGCACCCAGUCAUCUGGCACGACAGCGGGCACCCAGUCAUCUGGCACGACAGCGGGCACCCAGUCAUCUGGCACGACAGCGAGCACCGAGUCAUCUGGCAUGACAGCGGGCACCGAGUCAUCUGGCACGAUCGGGUCAUCAAGCUGGAUCGGGUCA